UCAGGCAUAGCUAUGGUUAAGUAUCCGUCUAUGGUCUCGGCUAUUCACUGGAAGAAGAGGUCGUCAAAGGCGACGAGAAGAGCACUAGGAGGAAAAAGGAGAAGAAAACAAAGAAGAGGCUAUUCCGUGGCGCCAGAGAUUACUUUUGAUAUCAUAGUCGAGAUCCUGAGGAGACUGCCUGCUAAAUCGCUUAUGAGAUUCAGGUGUGUUUCAAAGCUCUGGUCUGGUCUGAUCCGUUCCAGAUAUUUUUGCAACGCUUAUCUUACUAAGAAGAUCUCAUUAUCUCCUCCAUCGAUGGGAGAACCAGUUUUCCUAUACAAGAGAUAUAAUUUUGUGACACACUUUACGCAUCAUGGUUCAGUGGACUUUACAACGUCUCAACUCCUAUCAUUAACAUUAUCUUCGGCUAUUGAUAGUGAUGAAUCAUCCUUGGAACCAGAUUUGGUUUUCCCAUCGAAGGAAGCUAAGGGAGUACAUGGGAUGAUGUCUCUUCGCGGUUUGAUUUUAUACAAUUUUCGCAGAAAAGCAUGUAUCUAUAAUCCCACCACUAGACAAAGCUUAACCUUACCAGCCGUCAAAUCCAACAUCUGUGCUCAACAAGAACUUCGUCGUUAUAAGCAUCUCUACUUUUUCGGAUACGAUCCUGUUCUUGAUCAAUACAAAAUAGUCUGCAAUGUUUUUGAGAGGUGGAUAACCUCCGAGUUUUGGGUCUUUGUACUAGAACCCGGAGGUUUUUGGAAAAGAAUUGAGGAUGAUGAUCAACCUCACAUUCCUACAGGAGAAGUACUAUGUAUCAACGGAGUUAUAUAUUAUCGGGUUUUCAAUCAUACAUGUUUCGAUGCCGUUUACUGUUUCGAUGUUAGGUCUGAAAAGUUCCGUGUGGUCAAAACACCCCCCCAUGCAGUGUCUCAGUUUGGUCAGUCAGUGGGUUUCAUAGAGCAUGGUGGGAAACCCGCACUCUUUGAUUAUACACAUAUUAGAGAAACUGGGGUGUCGGAGUUGUGGAUCUUGGAGGAUGGUCUGGUUGGAACAUGGUCGAGGAAGACUCUGGUUUUGAAGCCUUGUCAGAAGCAUUUAGUAGGUGACAUCAUUAUGGGUUCGAGGGUGCAUGGUACGGGUCAGAACAAUGAGGUUAUCUUGAGGUUGUCUCGUCCUAGUUACCUUCUCUAUUACCAUCUGAUAGAGAAUGAUUUGAGAGAGGUUAAUAUCAUUAGAGAAAAGCCGAACGAGUAUGUCAAGGUUGUCAAGGUUAUGGAUAAGUGUGAAAGCAUUAUACACUUGGAAACUUGAUUAUCAUUAUCUAAUUAAGUUUUGCUCUAUAUGCAAUCGUCCUAUUUAUUUAAUAAGUUUUGUUGAAUUUAUGUUGCAAACAAACAAUCGUUCUCUUUUAUUGUUUUUAAUAUCAUCAAUCCAUAUAGGACAAGUUUU